AACAUAUGUAAAGUAAAAAUACCACACCUAUUAGUGUUUUUUGUAAUUGUAAUAUAAUAUAAUAUAAUAAUCUCACCAGCGAAACACAAACACUCGGUGUAUAUAUAUGUAUUAGGGUUCUCUCCUCUUCUUUCCCUUCUUUGUAAUUGAUUCAUUUGCAGAUCUUGAUCAUUAAGUAUACAGGCAGCCAUGAGUAGAGGUGGGAGCUAUGGCGGCGGGCAGAGUUCUUUGGGCUACCUUUUUGGUUCUGAUGAGCAACCAAGUGCACCUCCGCCUUCGCGCCCGGUUAACCUACCAUCAUAUGGGGUUGACAUUACCAUAGAGAAGUCACCAGAUAGUGGUUCUUCUGAGAAGAAGCCGGUCUCAAACAACUAUCACAGAGCUCAAGGCCAGAAUACAGGAAACUUCAUUACUGAUCGCCCAUCCACUAAAGUCAAGUCAGUGCCAGGAGGAGAUUCAUCUCUUGGGUACCUAUUUGGAGAUAAGUGAUGUUUCUUUCUCCAAACUUUGUCUACCAGCUUUCAUAAAGGCAAUAUAAGAAAAUAUUAUGUGGGUUUCAAAUCAAAUACCAUGUAAAAUAAGGGAUUCGGUUCCUAUUGUUGUUAAAUUUGAAACUAGUUUUGUUAUAGCAUAUCGUGUGUGAUUUUCAAGAAGAUGUGGCUGCAAAUUAGUCAAUUUGUGUAUUAUAAGGUAUGUAAUUUACUAAUUUGUAUGGUUUAUUAUCUAUAAUAAGCUAGUGAAGUACGAUUCCUAUCA